AUGUGGUGGCUGUGUCGCAGGUGCUAUUUUCUACAAGCUACUGUCAGCAGAAGGCUAAAUUACAUCAGCAAAGAGAUAGACAUUGUUGUGCACACACUCAGCACAUAUCCAGAGCUGAACUCCUCUAUUAAGAUGGAAGUGGGGAUUGAGGGCUGCCUACACAUUGAGUUUGACUACAACAAAUCCAAGUACCAUCUCAAGGACGUGAUAGUUGGGAAAAUCUAUUUCCUUUUGGUGCGGAUUAAAAUCAAGCAUAUGGAAAUAGACAUCAUUAAGAGGGAGACGACAGGAACUGGGCCCAAUGUUUACCAUGAAAAUGACACCAUUGCAAAGUAUGAAAUCAUGGAUGGAGCACCCGUCAGAGGUGAAUCAAUCCCAAUUCGACUCUUCUUGGCUGGCUAUGAAAUGACUCCCACAAUGAGAGACAUCAACAAAAAGUUCUCUGUUCGCUAUUACCUCAAUCUGGUGCUCAUUGAUGAAGAGGAGAGACGUUACUUCAAACAACAGUCAGCUCAGAUGGCUCCGGUGACCAUGAUGACACAACCUACCAUGUUGUACACGCAGCCUGUGAUGAUGCCGCCUAACCCUUUUGGCUCAAUCACAGGAGUGCAGGGCUCUUCUGAACAAGGCUAG